CUUCACAGCGAUCGCACUCAGCUUUCCGCAACAAGCCCCUGUGCGCAGUGUAUAUAAGCUCUAGAACCAGAAUGUCUUACGGGCAGCAACAAGGAUACGGUGGCGGCUAUGGCGGCGCACCAGGCGGUGGCGGAUACGGCGGUGGUGGAGGGUACGGUGGCCCUCCCGGGUACGGCGCGGGCGGAGGACCUGGCCCGGGAGGCUUUGCUCCGGUGAACUCUGGCCCGCCCCCUGGCGCGGAUCCUCAGCUGUGGAGCUGGUUUACGGCCGUCGAUACGGACCGAUCUGGCCACAUCUCAGUACACGAGCUUCAGAAGGCUCUCAUAAACGGAGAUUGGACUCCAUUUGACCUUGACACCGUCAAGCUCCUCAUGACGAUCUUCGACACGGAUCGGAGCGGCACGAUCGGCUUCAACGAGUUCGCAGGCCUGUGGAAGUACAUCAAGGACUGGCAGAACGUCUACCGGCACUUCGAUCGCGACCGAUCCGGCUCGAUCGACACGAACGAGCUGCACGACGCGCUCCGCCAGUUCGGCUACAACCUCUCGCCGCAGCUCCUCCAGCUCGUUGAGCGCAAAUACGGGGGCGUGUCGAUGCCCGGUGCCGCGCCAGCGGGGAUCACGUUCGACCGCUUCGUGCGCGCGUGCGUGGUCAUCAAGCAGGUCACGGAGAGCUUCCAACGCCUCGACACGGACCGCGACGGAUGGGUGCAGAUCAACUACGAGCAGUUCAUGCAGACCGUGCUCAGCCUCCCGUGAGCGCACUCGGAGCGAUGCUAGGGCAUGGAGUGGCUGCGCGAUGUAGGCGUAUAAUGUGUGGUGUGUACGAUAAUUGAAGCGUCCGCCAAUGUAUGAGAUCCUAUGACGACCGAC